AUGCUUGUCAAACCCCAGUUGUGGCUUGCCUUUGCUGCAGCUGCAGUCGCGGCUCCGUCUCAAGAUGCCUAUGACUAUAUUGUCGUCGGAGGCGGCACCGCAGGAGUAGCCGUCGCUGCUCGUCUUAGCGAAGGCCUCCCAUCCUCCAAGAUCCUCCUCAUCGAAGCUGGUCCCUCUGCACUUGACGAGCCAAAGAUCAAUGUCCCCGGUCUCAAGGGUACGACCUUGGGAACAAAGUACGAUUGGAACUUCACCACCGUUCCCCAGACAGGCGCCAAUGAUAGAGUAUGGCCCAUCAACCGUGGCAAGGUCUUGGGUGGAAGCUCCGCCCUCAACCUCAUGACAUACGAUCGCGCUUCCGCUGCCGAAUAUGAUAGUUGGGAAGCCUUGGGCAACCCGGGAUGGAACUGGAAGACCAUGAUCAAGGCCAUGAUGAAGUCCGAAACCUUCACUGGCAAGAACACCGCUACAUAUGGCUCCAAGGGUGUCGGCGACAGUGGUCCUGUCCAGGCUGUCGUCAAUCGCGUCAUCCCCAAGCACCAAGAGUCAUGGAUUCCCACUCUGAACAAGCUCGGUGUCCGAAAGAACCUCGAAUCCCUCGGAGGUAAUCCGCUUGGUGUCAUGUACCAGCCAAGCAGCAUUGACCCUGCCAACUACAAACGAUCAUACAGCGCUAAUGCCUAUGACGAGAUUUAUGGCUCCAACCUUGAGAUUGCUACCGAUACUACCGUGGCCAAGAUCAACCUGAGUGCUCCCAAGGGCAACAAGAAGGCUAUCGCUACUGGUGUCACUCUUGCUGACGGAACUGUCAUCAAAGCUAGCCGCGAGGUCAUCCUCUCCGCUGGAUCCAUUCAGAGCCCGCCCUUGCUCGAACAGUCUGGUAUCGGAAGCAAGUCCGUCCUCGCAGCUGCUAGCAUCAAACAGAUCAUCGACCUUCCCGGUGUCGGCGAGAACCUUCAAGAUCACCUUCGUAUCAUGAGUUCGUACCAGCUCAAGCCACAGUUCACCUCCAUUGACAUCUUCAAGAGCAACGCAACAUUUGCCGCGGCACAAAUGGCGCUUUGGAACGCUGGCAAGCAAUCCCUGUACGACUACACCGGCAGUGCCUACACCUUUUCCACCUGGAAGCAGGCCCUCGGCAGCGAUGCCAAACUGCUCUCUCUUGCCAAGGAGGCUGCUGCGAAGGAUGGCAGCAGGGUCGACAAGAAGAAGCUCGAUUUCUUCAAGGAUUCCUCGGUCCCCCAAGUUGAGGUCAUCUUCUCCGAUGGCUACACCGGUGUUAAAGGUUACCCUGCUGCUACAUCGCCUCUCUUUGGCAAAGGCUUCGUCUCUCUUAUCGCCGUUGUCAUGCAUCCUCUUAGCCGCGGAAGCGUCCACAUUAACCCUUCUGACCCCGCUGGCAAGCCCAUCAUCAACCCCAACUAUCUUAGCAAUGCUCAUGACGUCGAGGCUGUCACUCAAGCUGUAAAGUACAACCGCAAGAUCGCAAACACUGAGCCUAUGCGUUCUAUUUGGGAUGAUGAGUACGAGCCUGGUUUGGAUGUCAAGACUGAUGAGCAGCUCAAGGCGUAUGCUCUUCGCACUACACUCAGCAUAUUUCACCCCACUGGAACAUGUGCUAUGCUUCCCAAGAAAGAUGGCGGCGUUGUUGACGCCAAGCUGAAGGUGUAUGGAACUGAGAACCUUCGCGUUGUUGAUGCUAGCAUCAUGCCACUAUUGAUCUCAGCGCACAUCCAGACAGCUGUGUAUGGUAUUGCCGAGAGGGCUGCUGAGUUCAUCAUCAAGGCUGCCAAGUAG